GAGGAGGAGGGCGGAGGAGGAGGAGGAGGAAGGCGAGGAAAAAGGAGCCAGACUCUGACCGCGGGAGAGAAGAAUGGGAGUAAGGAGCAAAAGAGAGCCAAGAAGGGUCACGGCUUCUAGAAAGACUGGGCGCCCUGACACUCGCUCCUGGGGCUUCUGAAUCCCGGAGGGCUUGGCAAGAUCGCAGUGAGCUGGCGAGCCUGAGCACGGUAGCUGCAGAGACUGGGGCAUGGAGAGGAACAGCUCGGGCGGAGCGAAGCUGAGUGCCAGCCACCGCCUGGCAGGGGAUGGGCAGCAGCAGCAGCCCCUGAAGUCCUGUGCCCUGGGCAGCGCAGGCGGCGGCGGUGGCGGUGGCGGCUCUGGUACUGGGAGCGCCCCUCGGGGCCAGGCUGGGGCGGCGGCGGAUCUCGGGGAGCUCCUCCAGAGAGCCCAGGAUUUCAAGAACCAAGGAGCGCAGUGCUACAAGGACAAGAAAUUCCGCGAAGCCAUCGGUAAAUAUCACCGGGCGCUUCUGGAGCUCAAGGGGCUGCUGCCAGCCCUGGAGGAGCGGGACAAGGACAGCCAGGCACCGUCCACCGCCCACGGGGCCAAGCUGGGCCACUUAACUGAGGAGCAGAGCAAGACGGUGGAAGCCGUAGAGAUCGACUGUUACAACAGCCUGGCAGCCUGUCUGCUCCAAGCUGAACUGGUGAAUUAUGAGCGAGUGAAGGAGUAUUGUCUCAAAGUUCUGAAGAAAGAAGGGGAAAAUUUCAAAGCCCUCUACCGGUCAGGCGUGGCUUUCUACCACUUGGGGGACUACGACAAGGCCCUCUACUACCUGAAAGAAGCUAGGUCCCGGCAACCAACAGAUACCAAUGUGAUACGGUAUAUCCAACUGACAGAGAUGAAACUCAGCAGAUGUUCCCAGAGAGAGAAAGAAGCCUUGUAACCAGGAAGCUUCCUUCAGAGAUGGACCCAUGGUGGACAUUGUGCUUCCAGGGGCCCAGCAGGUGGAUUCCCCCUUCCUGGGUUUGGUCCCUUUCCUGCACCUCUCCCAUCUUCCUUCAAAAGCCCCCUUAACUCUUUGUUUACUCCCAGUAUGAAGAGAAAGAGAGAGAGCAAGAGAAGCCAGCUUAGAGCCUGGCCAGUUGCCAGAAAAUGGUCAAAGCUCCCUUGAUGAGAUGAAGCCUGAAGAGGAGAUUUGUAUCAGAGUUGGUGGUUUUCACUGCCGGGAUCAUGCCUUUAAGUCAAUUCAUCUUAAAGUCUUGAGUCUUCACCUUGAGUCUGUAGGCUUGUCCCUUCUGAUCACCUCCCUGAUGGACUAAGCCAUCCCUCCCCAGUCCUAACAGACACAUCUGGAAGAUGGGCACAGAAAGAGCUGGAGACCCCAACCCCCUCCUAGAGGGAUAUAGAUGUGUACACCAAUUUCCUUCCCCCUCCCACACUCCUGUUCUUGGCUCCUGUUGCAUUCUGUGUGCCCCAUAUCCCAAAUCUCUCUUUGGGGUUCUAGGACUCUGUUACAAGCUCAUCUGACACUGAAGCCCCCACUAAAUGCCUUCUCAGUGAACUUACAUCCUAUUUCCACAUAGUAACUUUGAUGGCAGACAGGAGCAGGUAUGGGAAGAUUAGGGCAAGGGAAAGGGUGAGGGAAGGGAGACAGUGAAGCAAAAGCUGAAAAAGCUUUGUAUAAAUCAGGGGAUAAAACUAUGGACUAAUGAAGUGCAAAUAAAAAUAAAUUAAUAGGUGAUAAUUCCUGUCAUUUCUUUUUGAAAUAGCCCCCCCCCCCGACCAUUUUCCCAACCCUCACCCCAUACGUGAAGUCAAGGAUGUACUUACAUGGCACUAGCUGACCUUCAGAGCAGCUCACCAUUUGCUUAGUACCCUGUGCAAUUGCUUGUACUCUGUACUAUGUGUCCUCUGCAGAGGAGUCUACCCCCAGCAUGUGUACUCCCAAUCCAAUCCAACAAGCAUUUAUGUAAAGCACCUACUAUGUUCUAGGACUGUUUUAGGUGCUGGGGACACAAAGACAAAAUAAAAAUAGUCCCUGCCCUCAAGGAGCUUGCAUUCUUCCCUUCCUUAACCUAGGUAUAACCUAGUCAAGAUUGGAUGGAUAGACUUCAGUUGAGUGAUGAGUCCAUUUUUGGAUAGCUAUAAUUGUUAGGAAGUUUUCUCUUACUUUGAGACAAAAUCUGUCUCCUUCCUUCUUCUGUCCAUGGGGCUUGAUCCUGGGCCAAACAAAGCAAAUUGAUCUCUCUCUCAUAUAAUAACCCCUCAAUGUCCACCAUCAAGUUGUGUCUUCUUUAGGCUAAAUAUCCCCUGGCUGGGUUUCUAAGUAUCCUCAUCAUCCCGGUUCCCCUCCUCAAGGCAUUUUACACUUUGACCCUGCUUUCCUUAAACUAGGGUAUUUCGAGCUGGGCUCACUAUUCCAGAUGUGUUCUGAACAGGAGUCAACACAACGUCAUUCUCCCUUCCUACAUCUGGACAUCAUGCCCUAGGAUUGUGUUAGCUCUUCUGGCAGCCAAGCACACUGCUGACUUCUACAGCACUUGUAGUCUACUAAAAAUUGCCAGGUCUUUGUCAGAUGGAUUGCUUUCUGGGCUUAUCCUCCUCACCUUGUAGUUGUGCAGUUGGCUUUUCUGAGCCUAAUGUCAGGACAUUAUGCUUACCCUUAUUAAAUUACAUCUUAGCUUCAGCCCAACAUUCUAGCCAGCUGAAAUCUCUUUGGAUCCCACAUCUUAGAUUCCAUUGCAUUAUUGAUCCCACCCAGCUCAAGGACAACCAUUUCAUAAAACCUGCUAUAUGAUGUGUUUUUUCCAUUGACACCGAUAUCCGUUCUGUCUUUCCUGAUCAUCUUUAUAGCCCACCGAUUCUCAAGCAUUUUGGUCUCAGGACACCUUUACCUUCUUAAAAAUUAUUGAAGACCCCAAAGAGCUUUUCUUUAUGUGGGUUAUAGCUAUCAUAAUUUACUGUAUUAGAAUGGUAAAAAUAGAUAAA